GUUGUCCUCUUCUCUAAAACAUUUUCAACAAAGAAAACGGUAAUAAGAGAGAAGAGGUGGUAGUAAACAAGAUCAGAAUCUUUAACAUUUUCAAAACAAAUGGCGACCAAAGCCAUCUUCUUCUUCUUUGUCUCGGCCGUGUGCCUGUCCUCUCUCGCCGGCGUUGCCAACGCUGACGCCGACGACUUUGACAGUUUCCAAAUCCAGGGAUCGGUUUACUGUGACACUUGCCGUGUCCAAUUCGUUACCCGCCUCAGCCAAUUCCUUGAAGGUGCGAAAGUGAAGCUAGAGUGCAGGAGUAGAACAAACGGAACUGUAACGUUGACUAAAGAAGCCGUGACGGACAAAUCAGGAAGCUACAAAAUGGAAGUCACCGGUGACCACGAGGAGGAAGUCUGCGAGCUCGUUCUCCUCCAAUCACCAGACAGUGGUUGCAGCGACGUCAGCACAGAGGCUUACCUACGUAACGCCGCUAAGGUUAGUCUGACCGCGAAUGACGGUAUCGUCUCACACGAGACACGUAUCGUUAACCCCCUUGGUUUCAUGGUUAAGACGCCGUUAGCUGAUUGUCCCGCCGCAUUUAAGGAGCUUGGAAUCGUCCCUGACGUCAUCUUCUAAAUAUGAUGACGACUUGUACCAAUUCAAGAUCGUUAUUUAACUGUCAUCUAUUAUUUGCUUUCUUGUAUACAGAAAACGUAAUUUGAUAAAAAUACAAAAAAGCGGCAAUUCUAUAUUUAUUAU